AUUUGUUUGAGCGCACGGUCACACUGCCUGUGUGUAGCAAUCGUGCAAUAAUUUAGAAAAAUACACAUGUUAUGUUUGCAAAAAAAAAGCAGGUAUUAAGUACGCCAAGCAUCUAACAGUUGUUAAAUAUUUUUAAAGCAAAGAAGACGCUCGGGUGUGUGUGUGCGUGUAUCAAUCAUAAUAAAGUGCGCGACCUGAGUGGAGGAAAAUAGUUUGGAUACACGUGAAGAAAAUCCAAACUCAUAUGCAUACAUGACAAAUACACGUACACGUACCCGCGCGGGACUAUAGUGUGUGAGAAAAGUUACGGUUUCCCAACAUUUACGUAGCCAAGUGCUUGUUGAUAGCAUAACAGCAGAGACCGGUCAUUGCAAAAUAAUAACUACGAACAUAAAAGAAAAAUGAAAAUGCAUCUACUUGCCUACAAGGACUGCGCCAUUCUGAGCUCGCAACAGUUGCGGAAGCUUAGCGAACAUAAAUACUCGGUCUACAGCGCCAGCUUGCUGGAUCCUUUGCUCCAGCCAUGGUGGAAUUGGCUGGUGCGGCAAACGCCGCUCUGGCUGGCACCUAAUCUAAUCACGAUCGUUGGCCUGAUACUGAACAUUGUGACCACAUUAAUAUUAAUUUGCUAUAGUCCAAAUGGAGUUGACCCACCGCCUCGCUGGACAUGCUUCCUGUGCGCACUUGGAUUGUUUGUCUACCAGAGUCUGGACUCAAUCGACGGCAAGCAGGCGCGUCGCACGAACACCUCAUCGCCUUUAGGCGAACUCUUCGAUCAUGGCUGUGACUCUAUAUCGACUGUAUUUGUGGCCCUAUCGGCGUGCAUCUCCUGCCAGCUGGGCCACUAUCCCAAUUGGCUUUUCUUUCAGUGCUUUUGCGCUAUUGCUUUGUUCUACUGUGCGCACUGGCAGACGUACGUGUCGGGCACAAUGCGCUUUGGACGCAUUGAUGUAACAGAGGCUCAAUUUUCUAUCAUAGGCAUACAUUUGAUAUCCGCAGUGCUGGGACCUGAGAUUUGGCUUACCAAGUUACCAUAUUUUGAAUGUGAAACUCGCUCUUUGCCAUUUUAUUUUGCCGGUGGUAUUGAUUUGAGUUUAGCUUUGCGUUAUCUCAGAUCAAUUUUGAACGAGGGUUGUGGCAAGAACGGAUCAUCGGUUGCAGGUACUAGCGUAUUGUCGCCUAGCAUACCCUUGACGCUGGUGGUGCUACCAGCGCUGAUGAUUGCUCAAAAGUCGCCGCAGAAUAUAUUCACGGAGCAUGCUUCAGUUUAUAUAAUGGCCUUUGGCAUGGUUGCUGCCAAAAUCACCAACAAGUUGGUGAUAGCGCACAUGACCAAGGCGGAGAUGGAGUAUCUGGACUGGUCACUGCUGGGCCCAGCGCUAUUGUUCCUUAAUCAGUACUUUAACUGCAUUGUGCCGGAGAUUUGGCUACUCUGGUUCACUCUCGCCUGGGGCACGCAGGAUCUAUUGCGCUAUUGUGCGCAGGUCUGUCUAGAGAUCUGCCAGCAUCUGCGCAUUGAUCUCUUUAGAAUACCGUAUACACCGAAGGGUGCUUCAAAUGCUUCAGUUGGCAGCCAAAGUCAUUUUGGAGCUGACAAGAACGGCGGCACCACACAUCGAAAGUCCAAGAGCAAAGCACACUAAGGCUUCUUAUACUUUAAUUUAACUAGUUUUCUUCAAAUUAUUUACGUCACUAGCGAAACAACAAAUGAGUCGGUCAGUCAGACAUUCAGUCACUCAAGCCAGGCAGGACACGGGCAGAAACAAAAAUUCAAAAGCCCCAUACAAACUUUUAAUGAAACCCAACAAAAUUUACCGUCGAAAUGUUCAAGCAAAUAACAAAACGAACAACAAACAAAUUAAUACAAAAACUUUCUAGCAUAAAUUUAAGCAUAAUUUAGAACUGUUGUAACCAAAAAUAUAACAAAACAAGCAGGAAAAAAAUUAUUAUUGGUAAAUGAAGCAAAUGACGGCAUAACGAUAUCAAUUAUAUGUAAUAUUAAUAUAUUUUAUAUAAUUGUGUAAAACAAAAGUGUUGUACACAGUAUUUUUACUGUGCCAGCUGUAAAAACAAAUGCCAAAAAAAGAAACAACAAAAACGAAAAAAGUAAAGUAACUCAGAAUCAAUUUUUAUUCAGUUUUGGCGUGAAGCUCAAUUUCUGUUUUAAGUGCGUUACAAAAACAAAAAAAAAAAAGAUAGAAAGAAAUUCAUUUCAUUGAUUAGUUGUAUAACGAAUGCAGGUGCGCCUAAUUCUAUAUAAACCUAUUUAUGUUAUUGUAUUAUAUAUAAUAUUGAAGUUCAGAAAUAGUUAUCUAUUCAUCAAGCAUAAUGCAUACACACACACACACACACACACAUACCUACAUUACUAAAUUUGUGUAUGCACCUAGGCUAUAAACAAAACAUUCAAAAUGGUGACUCAUUUCAAAAAGCGCAUUAUCUACUA